UUUAUGACUCCCCAAAUUGCAGAAGUUGUCACUUUUUGAUGUUAUGAGAUUCUAGAUGCACCCGUAAGACUCCGGGGUGGUUAAGAACACAACCAACAUACAUUCUCCGACUGUCCUUUGGGAGUUGUUCGAUAAAUUACAAAGACCUGGAAUGAACCAGUGAAUAUUUUCGGCGCUUAGGUUUCGAAAUUUGUAAUCAAUUCCGAGAGAUCAUGGCUUACGGAGGUGCGGCAGUUGGAGGAAUGAGUUCAAUUCCAUCAUCAACAUCAAUAAGGCAAGUGAAACUAGAUAAAGAGAGUGAACUAAGGAUCGAAGUAGGUAUAGAUUCUCCACUCAAACUUCGUCUUGUUAAUGGAACUGCUGAGAUUUUUGGUACUGAACUUCCUCCUGAGAUCUGGAUUUCGUUUCCUCCGAGACUUAAAUUCGCUGUCUUUACUUGGUCCAGUGCUACAAUCGAAAUGGAUGGAGUUACUGAAACUGAUUAUACUGCAGAUGAGACACCUAUGAUAAGUUAUGUAAACGUUCAUGCCGUGUUGGAAGGGCGCCGGAGUCGUGCCAAGGCAGCAUCCACCGAUGACCCUGGCUCUUCUCAGGGGCCUAGGGUGAUUGUUAUAGGACCUACGGAUUCGGGAAAAAGUAGCUUGUCAGCAAUGCUUCUUAGCUGGGCGGCUAAACAGGGUUGGAAACCUACUUUUGUUGAUUUGGAUAUUGGUCAAGGAUCUAUCAUUAUUCCUGGGUGCAUUGCUGCAACUCCAGUAGAGAUGCCUAUAGAUCCAGUGGAAGGGAUUCCUCUUGAAAUGUCGCUUGUUUACUACUUUGGGCACCCAACUCCCAGUGCCAACGCAGAUUUAUAUAAGGUUCUUGUGAAGGAGCUUUCUCAAAUCUUAGAGAGACAGUUUGCUGGUAAUGCUGAAUCUCGUGCAGCAGGAAUGGUUAUCAAUACCAUGGGUUGGGUUGAGGGAUUAGGAUACGAGUUACUUCUUCAUUCAAUCGAUACGCUCAAUGCAAAUGUAGUUCUGGUUAUUGGUCAGGAUAAGCUUUGCAGCAUGCUUAAAGAUGUACUGAGAAAAAAGCCUAAUGUGGAUGUGGUGAAACUUCAAAAAUCUGGUGGUGUUGUGUCUAGAAAUGCAAAAGUCCGUCAGAAGGCGAGGGGAUUCAGGAUAAGGGAAUAUUUCUACGGACUCACAAAUGAUCUCUCUCCACAUUCCAACGUGGCGAAUUUCAGUGAUUUGCAUGUCUAUAAAGUUGGAGGUGGACCGCAAGCACCACGCUCAGCUCUUCCUAUAGGUGCAGAGCCAACUGCUGACCCCACGAGGCUAGUCCCUGUGAAUAUUAACCGAGACGUUCUCCAUGUAGUUCUUGCUGUUUCCUAUGCCAAAGAACCAAGUGAAAUCAUCUCAAGUAACGUUGCUGGUUUUAUCUACGUUAUGGACAUUGACGUGCAGAGGAAGACGAUCACAUACCUUGCACCCUCACUGGGGGAGCUUCCCAGCAAAUACCUCAUAAUGGGCUCCUUAACAUGGGUUGAGACUUGAACGCAAACAGGAUCCCGAGGAUCGUUUCUCCCGAAGUCUUUUUUAAGAAUGAGACUGUUUUUGUUAGACUUGAAACUGAGUAUACUAGCUAAGUAGAGAUUGGGUGUAGAUUUUGUAAAAAAGAAGAAAUAAGUACCAACAAUUAUAAUGGUAACUUUAUAUUCUGAGCCCGCGAGGGGAAAUAGUCCUCAAUAUAUGCUGUUGGCCUCUUUUCAUGGAAUUAAAAUGCCAAACACUGUGUGCAGAAUCUGUAUUAAAUCAAACACUGCCGGAUAGUUAUCCAAUUAUCCUCAUAUA